ACGUGCCAAGCCCCUUUGUAGUUCUUCCGCUACGUUUUGUUGGAACGUUGGGCUUCGCCGCGUUCUUGUGCGCGCUCCGCCAACGUUCCUCCGUCUUCUGCUGAACUGCAGACAUGGCAGUGGACUGGAUUGGCUACAGCUAUGCAAUGUUAGUGGCCUCAGGUGGAAUAAUUGGCUAUGCAAAAGCAGGCAGUGUCCAGUCUUUGGCUGCUGGACUUCUCUUUGGUGGGUUAGCUGGACUGGGUGCUUACCAGCUCUCUCAAGACCCAAAGAAAAUUUGGAUAUCCCUGAUUGCUUCUGGAACUUUAGCUGGCAUUAUGGGCAUGCGCUUCUACAACUCGGGGAAAUUCAUGCCUGCAGGACUGAUUGCUGGUGCCAGCUUGCUGAUGGUUGGGAGGCUCGGACUGAAGAUGUACGAAAAGCCACACGAGGGAUAAGUGAACGUUCCAUGACCCUUGAGAUGCAGAUAAAAAGAUGCUUUGUACUAAACUGGAUGCACUGAAGGAGAGAGAAAUAAUGAAGGCACACACCAAACAUUUAAUGGCCUAAUUAAAAGAAAAAGAAUAUAUAGAGAGGGAAAUUGACAGUCUUUUCAUACGUGCAAGAACACUUCUAUAUAUCUAGAGGCUGUUUAUCAUAUUGAAAUUAAUAUAGUUUGAUUCCUUUGGAUGUUUUUUCCCCUUUUCCUCUUCUCCAGAGUAAAAACAGUGUCUUGGAUCCCCAGGAGGAUUUCCUUGCACAGGAUUUUCAUUGACAGAACAUGAUUUUUUUAGACCUCCCACUGAUUCCAUCCAAGAGUGCUACUCCUGAGAGACAAAGGGCCCCAGAAACAGUAUUUGGGGGAGCAUUUUCAGCUAUAGUGUGAAUGGGGAGGCAAGAAAGCCAUGCUUUGAAGACAGAAAUCUUUCCAACAUGAAAGCACACUAGUAGAUGCUCCCAUUAAGCAGGUUUGGAAAGACAGACGCAAGCAUUUUGCUUAAUUAGAAAAAGAGCAUGAAUUUGAGCCUACGUGGAAGGUGUGUAUAAAUGGAUACCUCCUAAUUUUGUGUGUUCUAUCAUCAUGAGGACAUCAGCCCAUAAGAUCCCUCUCUGGGGGUUCCUGACCACUCCUGGCCUUACGUAGGGCUGCCAAUGACUUGGAGGGAAAAAAAAUGUCCUGACCUUUUAAUUGAGGCUCCAUGGGAUGUUAUUUACUAAAUGAGGUUUUGCAUCUCCAUAUUGGAGAAGUUUUACGGGCCUGUUUCCAUUCAGCCUCUGUCAAAGGGACAUUUUUCCUGCAGGCUGUUGGCUACCCUACUGUUAUAAGGGAGGACUGUUAACGCACUUGCUGAUACAAACUUACUGUGGCAAGAUAGUGUGUAAAGGUAUGUAGAAGGCAAAUGAGGCAAACCUGAGGAGAUCUGCCUGUCUGGGCUCCGGAUGACAUCUUUGCUGUAGUAUAAGUCCACAGAACGGCCACAGUAGCUACAGGGGAGUUUGAACGUGAUAUGAGCCUUCCUCAUUGCACUCUUAUCCAUUGACCAUGACAGUCUCUUCCUUAGGAAAAUGUCUUUUGCUUAAUAUAUACUUAAUAUACAAAAGUGUACCAGGGCCAAAUGGCACCCGGAGACAAAUUGUCUCCAGGUCGUCCCCCCAGGCUCUGCCCCACCACCCUAGCUCCGCCCCUGAUGCCCCCAGGCUUCACCCCCACUGCCCUCGACCCCGCCCAU